AUGGCAGGUAAUGAAGAGCGUCCGGUGAUAGAAGCUGCAAGGCCCAAUCUGGCUCUUAUGACUCAGGGGAUUGUGAAGCCUGAUAUCAUGGGUCACUUUGAAGUCAAACAGUACAUGACUGAUGAGGUGUUGGGUCACACUUUCGUUGAUAGGUUGGAUGAGGCAGCAAAGAUGAAUCUUGACCUAGCAUGUGGGGGUAGCUGCAUGGCAACACCGUAUAGUGAGAUCCAGAUCCUGCUAAACAAUUUCACUACUAAUGAUAAUAAUUGGAAAAGAGAUGGGGAACCACGAAGAUCACUUACACAAAAGGCAACGGGGGUGAUCGAGCUUGAUGACUUCUCAGCAAUGAGGACAGAAAUAUCGAGAUUAGCUAAUCAGAUGAAUAAAAUGACAAUGCACCAUGCACAACAGAUGCAACAUGUGCAACAGAUGUCUACUUGCUGCGAGUUAUGUGAUGAAGGUCACACAAGUGACAUAUGCCCCGAGAAUCCUGAAUCCAUCUACUACGUGGGGCAACAAGCUAGAGGUCCGAUGAAUCAAAAUGCUCAAUAUGGUAACACAUACAAUCGGAACUGGAGGAAUCAUCCUAACUUCUCUUGGGGUGGAAAUCAGAAUAUCAAUCCUCAAGCGAAUUACAAUCAUCCACCUCAACCUCCACAGCAAGCAGAAGAGACUUUGACUGACAUGAUGAAAAAGCUCUUGAUAGACAAUCAGCAAUUGCGCACAGAGUUCAGAAAUCUAGAGAGGCAGUUUGGGCAAAUGGCUAACAAUCUAAAUACUAGACCUGCUGGAGUUCUCCCGAGUGAUACUGAACCUAAUCCUAAGGCUCAAGUCAAUGCGGUUACCUUGAGAAAUGGAAGAGAAUUAGAAGAAGUUCCAGAGAAAAGGAAGUAUACAGCUAGACAUGAAGGAGAAUUAGUUCCUAAGCCCGUUGAGGAGAAUAAGAAAGAAAAGCCAGAAAUUGUGACAAGGCCACCACCUCCGUUUCCACAAAGAUUGCAAAAGCAAAAAGAUGAUGCUAUGUACAAGAAUUUUUUAGAUAUUUUGAGCCAUGUGAGUGUGAAUUUGCUUUUGGUGGAAAUUUUGCAGGAAGUGCCUAAGUAUGCAAGGUAUCUCAGAGAUAUUGUGGCAAAUAAGCGAAGACAUACGGAGUUUGAAACAGUUGCACUUACUGAAGAGUGUAGUUCCAGGAUUCAAAGUAAACUCCCUCCUAAGUUGAAGGAUCCUGGGUGUUUCACAAUUCCUCUGUCUCUUGGAAACAAGAAGUUGUUGGCUGAUAAGUCACUAGUUAUGCCAGAAGGAAUUAUUGAGGAUGUGUUAGUUCGAGUGGGAAAGUUUAUUCUUCCUGCUGAUUAUAUUGUUCUUGAUUACGAGGCGGAUGAGGAAGAACCCAUUAUUUUGGGCGACCAUUCUUAG